GCAGCCUUCAGCCGGGGCCUUCGGGAGCAGAAGGUUUCCCUUAAGUGGUCGGAUCCAGAGCGACGACGAUCCGGUACUGCGUGCGUCCAGUUCGGCAUCUCGAUGACUGUGUAUACCGAACCAUGUCAGCCUAGUUGGUCUUACUGUGCAACCGACUCUCACCAGAAUGUGAGGCUUUGGAACAUGUGGCUGGGCCUCGCUAAUUUGUGGGCUCGCGGGGUGAUCGCGGGCGACGGCGCCAACUCACAGUCCACAACACCGCUCUCGUGACACCAGUCGAAACACUCUGCCAGUACAGCCUACACUACACUACACUACACAACAUCUCCCUAAGGAAGCAUGCUCACAACACAACACAGUACGUUCGUGGAGCGGCGCUUAUCAUUCUCAGACAAUGGCCUCGGAGGUGAUCCAAUCAUUCCUCGCCGCCUACGAACAAAGUGCGCCCGUUGAAACGGACGAUCCCACCAGCAUUCCUGCGCAGCCGUUGACAUGUUGUUGCGGUAACGAAGCUUGCGCCUAUUCCAGGCAGAAUCGGGACGCCGUUGAGAUAUUGGAAAGGGAUGUCAGGACGGCAGCUCGACUAGGGCAGGCACUGUUGUUGCGACAUGAGACAUACAUCGCCGACACGGAACGCGAGCGUAAGAUUAUGGCUGCGCGCAUCGACGAUUUGGAGUCGGAGAAGCAAGUGCUUGAGCGGGAGAAUGCCAGCGUCAUACAAGAAAACCGCAACCUCUUAGACGAGUUGGAGGGUUUGAACAGUGCGGUCAGUGAUGCCGACGCGCACGUCAUCAGUUUGCAGGCGACGCUGCAGUCUACGCAGCAGGAGAUGCAGAGGCUGGAGCGGUUGGCGGCUAGGACGGAAACGCUGGAGCAACAGUUGCAGGCUUUUGAGCAGGAGCAAGCGGACUGGCAGACCACUUUCGAGGAGAAAGAGGAAGGGGAGAAGGCGGCGUUGAGGAGGUGGCAAGAGAGCGAGCGCGCGUUGGCGCUGCUGCAAGAGCAAGUGGAGUUGAUUGAGCGCGAUGCGAAGGCGGAGAGGGAGAGGCACGUUGAGGUAGUGGGGCGGCUGGAGAAGAGACGGGCGGUGGAGAGGGAAUUGGAGAGUGCCACGGGAAGGUUGAAGGGCGCGGCGGCCGCGAAGACCGAGGGUGGGACUAAUGUGGUGUCGCACUUUGUUAAGGACAUCUUGCAGGACAACGCGAAUCUACAGAUGGGCAUUGUGGAGUUGCGGGAGAUGUUGCAGAACAGCAACGAUGAGGUGGACAGUCUCCGGAAGCAGAUCAUGGAGCAGCAACCGACUAUGGCCGAGGAGGCACCAUCAACUGAGGAGAAUGUCCGCACCAAGGACCUAAGGGAAGAGCUGCUGCGUGCAAACUCACAAGAACUCCACGUCCAUCACCACUAUCACGCGCCGCCAUCAUCCGCACGCCAAACGCCAACCUUGAAGCGCCCAAAGAAGAAACGCUACGGCGCACUAACACCGGGCCACUUCACACCACCCUCGUCCGGAAGGACCACGCCGCGCUCUUCAAUCUCCUACGACACACCGUCUUCAAUGGCCACUAUACUACAGCAAACAGCAGUCAGUAUACCACAGAACGUUUCAUUCAGCAAACGCUUCUCCAGCCAGUCAACCUCGACCUACCACUCAGCACUCUCCAUCUCUGGGCCUGGCUCGCCCCAGUCAACAAAUUACCGCACUUCUUCCAUAUUUGAUCGCGUCUUCAGCGACGCUGGACACGAGUCGUCAAGGCCUACGACACCGGAUACGGAUGAGCCUGGCUCGCCUCUGAUUCUGCCUACUAAUGGCAAGGGCGCGGCGGGAAACUUUCACCGGAGUAGCAGCGCUCCUCUGCAGCGUAGACGUGGGACCGGCUCUGGCGCUGGGCAGGCAUCGAUUGACUCCGUGCUCGGCAUCAACGUGGGUGAAGCACUGCAGCCUACCGAGCACACGCACCGCCAUAACGUGAUUCUGGAAGAAGAUGAGGCGAGCUGGGAGAACACAAGCUCGCCGCCCGGUGAGAGCAUCUCAAGCACCAGCUCAGCUCUCUCAGACGACCUCGUCGAGCCACUUCACCACCGAAGCUUCCACAAGCAGUCGCUACGUCGCGCAGCGUCGCACGAAUCGCUCCUUUCGGUGGCUGGCAUGGACAUGCCAACGCUGCAGGCGCGACCGUCACAGCUUCUGAUCAGUACGGGCGGUACAACCUUCACGCCGCAAGCCACACUCGCUCAUGCGACGAGAACAGCGGCCACCUUCGCCAAACCCUCGAGCAGCGGGCACACUCUGCUAAGCGGUAUGGCCGCUGACCAGCGAGGACCCAGUAGACCUUCGCUGGGACGAUGGGUGUUUGGCCGAUGGGGUACCACUCCGAUUCCUACCUCAGCUACUGAUACUACGAACGUCGCCGCUGUUCCUGCUCCUGCGAAGCCACCGAGCCGUUCGUCUGAUACAGAGAGAGCGCCCGCAUUCGAUCCGCUAGCGACGCCCAAGAAGCCCAAGUCACGACCACGCGGUAUCAAUCAGUUGGGCCCGAUUCCCGGCUUGGGACCUGAGUUGAGGGCGCCGGUGCAGGUUCCGGUGUUACGGACGUUUGAUGAGGAGGGGUUGAGGUUGGCGUUGCAGGGGUCGUGAGACGAUGAAGUGUACGCUUCGUGUAGGAUUUGGAUAGUGCGGGUGCAUUGAUGGAUUAUGAUACCCCAUGUAGCGAUACGGAAUGAUGUCUCGGGCACUUGCGGACUCAUAUGCACAUCAUCACCAUCGUACAGUGGAAGUGCGGACUGACGGCUCGGAUACCCCGUCACCUUGCACUGCCGUUAUGGGUAUGUACCUUUUGAGUACUGUCAUGCCGUCGGAGACGGUCCGCUUCCACGACUUCCAUAGAAGCAGCUUCAUGGCGUGUGCUCAAGCCCAUACCUUCCGUACGCCACAUCGUGUCACCCUCACUGAUCUGCGCUUCCUAACGCCUGCCAAGCUGAAAAA